CGCACGUGCCGCCGCCGCACGUGCCGCCGCUCCGGCCGUGGUGGCCGCUCGUCCCCAGCACCUGCGGCUGGGCGCCCGCCAUGGGGGCGGCUGCGGCGGGGACGCGCGUGUUCCUGGAGGUGCGGAGACGGCUGCAGAGCGCGCUGCUCAUCCUCGGGGAGCCUAAAGAAGGAGGUAUGUCCAUGGAUAUUUCUAUAACGCCAUGCUCACUCCAGGUGAAGACCCCAGAAGGCUGCACAGAGCUCCAGCUUCCAGCAGAGGUCAGGCUUGUGCCAUCCUCCUGUGGUGGGCUGCGGUAUGUCCCUGGAGAUGGACUGCACCUGCGUCUGCAGGUGCGAGCAGAAUCCAACGCCAAACUGGUUUCAAUGUUUAAUCAGAGCUCACAAGCCCAAGAAUGUUGCACAUUUUAUUGCCAGUCCUGCGGUGAAGUCAUAAUAAGAGACAGGGAGCUCAUCAGAGUGCUCCCAUUGCCGAGUGAGAACUGGGGAGCUCUAGUUGAAGAAUGGUGUUGUCAUCCUGACCCCUUUGCUAAUAAGCCACUUCAUCCGCAAGAGAAUGACUGUUUUAUUGGAGACUCUUUCUUCUUGGUGAAUUUAAGAAGUGAUUUAUGGCAGCCAAGACCUGAAUUAGCCCCAGUGGAGACAUGCUGUCCUUCUUCUGAGAACCAUUUUAAAUUGAAACCAAAGGCAAAUACCAAAGUAAUUUGUAAGCGUUGCAAGGUAAUGUUGGGAGAGACCAUGUCAUCAGAAACCACCAAGUUUUAUAUGACAGAGAUAAUUAUUCAACCGUCUGAAAGAAAUUUUCCCAUCAUACCAAGGUCUCAGUUUGUACAGAGCAUUAUCGCCCAGUGUCUGGUGGAACUCUCCACUGCUAGAAGCACUUUUAGAUUCACUGUUCAAGGUCAUGAUGGAAAAGUGUACAUGUUGCUAUGGAUUUUAAACUCAGAUAGUUUGGUGAUUGAAUCUUUGAGAAGUUCCAAAAGUAUCAAAAAGUUCUCCUUAUUGGAAGAUAUCUUGAAGGCAGAUUCAGGUUCUGCCUGGAAUGCUGUCAAGGUCCUCUACCAGCCAUGCAUCAAAAGCAGAAAUGAAAAGCUUUCCAGUGCUUGGGAAAGUGACAUCAGCAUCCACUCUCUAACCCUGCCCUCUGCAACCUGCUUAGAGCUGCUGCUGAUUUUAUCAAGGAAUAAUGCCACACUGCCUCCAUCCCUUCGCUAUAUGAAUUCCUUUCAGGUGGCCUUUUUGAAGAUGUGAUGGUUGGAGCUGAGGCAUUCCUCUCCCCGGAGGACAGCUCUCUGGGCCAGAGCACAUGGGAGGCCAGCGUUCUGCACGGUGGGCAGCCAUUACAGACACAAGAACCAGAGCUACAGAAUAAGAGCAUUGCAUUGAAGUUGUGUGAGUUUACCUGUUGGCAUAAAGUCUCUAAGAGUUGAGUUCACUUGAAAUCCUUGAAGAACCAAGGCUGUGAAGGAAGUUACAGUAGCAGAGAAGUUAUGUCUCUAUUUCCCACAGAGAGGAAUAUUCAAACAUGUGCUGUGUCAGCACCACCUGGAAGGGUAUUAACUAGUGGAGUCCCAUCUGUCCUUUGGGGAAUGCAGUGAGGGUCAUCGUUAGUGGAACUGAAUGUUAACUGCUAUACAUCCAAGCAGACAAACUUAGAAACUUCCCGUUUGGUUUGUUGAAAACAAAUUUUUAGAAAGAAAAAUGGAGAAUUAUGUAUACCUUCUUCAGAAGAGAUGCUCCAUAAAUGAAUGUUUGUUGAAUACGUGAUUAUCAAAUUAAAGGUUUUCCUGUUUAUGCAAACCUA